GUCUAACAAGGAAGCAACUGAUGAUGUGAGAGCGACUGUGUGAGUGGCAACGCCGCACGCUCACUUCCUUCCUGCAAGCACUCGAAUCACUUCAAGCAGCUUGCUCCACUUUCCUGCUGCCGCUGCAGUCUCGAAUGUUCCUACUCUGAGAAGCGAUGAAGGACGUUUUUGUUCUGCUAGCUGCGCACGUUGUAGAGGUGUUGUCGCUUCCAUAUUAUGCUGGGCCCAGCAGAAAGUGCAACUAUCCAGAUCGAGAGUACCUGCUAGAGGCUUUAAGCCUGUGCUGCAGCAAGUGCCCACCAGGGCGGCGACUGACGCGGGAGUGCAAUGAAACAACAGAGAGUGUGUGUGAACCGUGUGAACGCGACCAAUACAUGGAGAGCUGGAACUACGCCCCAAACUGCUUCCCUUGCUCCAAGUGCAAAGCUCAAAAAGGCCUGCAGUUUGCCCACGCCUGCUCCUCCACCGCCAUGUCCAAGUGUGCGUGUCGACCUGGCAUGUACUGCAUCAUGGAAUCUGAUGAGCAACACUGCACCGAGUGUAUACAUCACACUUCAUGCAAAGCUGGUUAUGGAGUCUUUGUGCCAGGAACAGCAACUUCAAACGUCAAGUGUAAAAAAUGCAAUGACGGAACAUUCUCCGACGUCUCCUCCGCAGUGGAGCCCUGUAGGCCUCAUACAAGCUGUCAUGGGAGGCCAGUCUUAACAGAAGGAACGUCAACCUCGGACACUGUGUGUGAAGCUGACCUGCGGCCACGCAUCCAAACAAGUGGGAAUGCCAACCAAACAGUCACUGCAAGAUCACCUGGCUCUGUCCUGCCAUCUCCAAAAAGCCCUGGAGCUGACAAGGAACUGGUUGCCACUGUCGCCAGUGUUGUUGGCGUGGUCAUAAUCUUCAUCGUGAUCGCCAUCAUUCUGCUGGUCCUUUACAGGACAAUAUGGAUGAAAGGCACUGCGAGGUUGCAGCCGAAAAACAAUGCAAAUGAAAAUUGUGAGAGUGAUGAUGAAGUCAAUCAGGGUCACUUGGGUGAAACUCUGCUGACUGCGGUCGCCUCGCUAGAGCAACAUUGUCUGCUGCAGAAAGUGGAGGUCAGCGGGGAUUCAGGUCACUGCAGCAGCAGCGACACCAGCAGCCAGGAGUCCACCGAACCCCUGCAGUCCACCGUGGCCCUCCACCAGUCUGCUGUUUUACAGACCCCCAUCCAACCUACACAGCCCCCUUGGCUCCAGAAUCCUGUCACCGCCAGUCCGCACGUUAAUGUCAACAUUACUUUCAACAUUGGAAGUGGAGACUCACACUACAUGCCGUCUGCACGCUUCAUUCAGAGACACUCUGAGCUCCGACUCGGAGAUGAGGAGGAGGAUAUGAAGUCCUUCAACAUCCCGCAGCAAGAAGAGGGAAAAGAAUUGUCCGAGCAGGAGAGCGCCGAUGAAAAUGCAUGAAAAAGCAUGUAAAUGUGCAAGUAUGUUCCUUGGCAUCAUUGCAUUAUACUUGUUUGUAUCUACUGUAUAUAUCUGUAAAUAGUAGGGGUGUCACGAGAUCUCAUGUCACAAGACCUCGCGAGAUGAAAACGUGACGAGAUUUCUCAUUUGGAGAAAAGAAAAACAGGACAGCCUGAAGCCAAUCAGACUGUGAACUAUGGCAUUGCUACUAUGAAUGAUAAUGGUAGUAAUAUGGAAGUGGCAGUGUGCAAGGCAUUAUUGGAAGUGCACAUGAAGUGCUUUACACACACUUUAAACCAUGCAAUCCAAUCUAACGUGGUGUUCCCAGUGUCGCCGUCAGGGAGGUUUUUCCAUCGAAGUUGAACAGCUGCCGCGUGUGUUAAUAUCCAAACAGACGCUGUAGCAAUUCAACACUUGAUCUAAAUGACUAGAUUUAACAGAUCAAAGCACGUUAAUGCACCCUUAAUCACCAUUACCAUUAAUCACCAUUAAUCAUAGCUGCACCAGGUCUGCUCGGAGCAGGUGUCUGACUAUAUGCACUCAUUGCAGAAAUAAAAUAGCAGAUAGUAUGAAUUGCUUUUGAGAAAAUAACUGUCAAACGCCAAUUUCGCCCCUUUACAGAGUGAAGAAAGGAUCAUUUAGAGUGAAGGUAUAAUAAUUUAUUUAUUUAUUAGUAGAAUUAUAUAUGAUCAUAACACUGGUUUAUUUCAUCUAAAAAAAUAUAAAAAAUGAUAUUGUUUCGCAGCUGCACGGUGGCCGAGUGGUUAGCAUGUUUGCCACAGGAGAUUGACCAGGGUUCGAAUCUCCGCUUCGGCAUCUCUGUGUGGAGUUUGCAUGUUCUCCCCGUGCGUGGGUUUUCUCUGGGUACUCCGCUUUCCUCCCACAUUCCAAAAACAUGCAUGUUAGGUUAAUUGGGACUCUAAAUUGUCCGUAGGUAUGAAUGUGAGUGUGAAUGGUUGUUUGUCUAUAUGUGCCCUGUGAUUGGCUGGCGACCAGUCCAGGGUGUACCCCGCCUCUGACCCAAAGUCACCUGAGAUAGUCUCCAGUAUACCUCCGUGACCCUAAUGAGGAUAAGCAGCAUAGAAAAUGGCUGUUGUUUCGUCCAUAAACCAUUUCAAAACCUCCCUGUAUGGUUUUGUGACUGAUCCCAGCUGACUGAAGCCAAAUAACAAGUUGGUUUCUCCAGUCAUAGUUUUUCAUUUUAAGCCCUUUUAUGUCACGUUCCCGUUCUCGUGGUCUCAAUCUUGUGUAUCAUCUCUUGUGUUGGGUGUCUCGUAAGACCCUUAGUAAGGGACACAAGUAGGAUCUGUUAGGCUCAUAACAAAUAAUGUUCAAAUGGCAUGAAACCAAUAUUGUAAAGCAUCAUCCUUUGGUGAGGUUGUAGUCAAUGCUGGGCUUGAACUAAAAGGUGUAAAAUAUAGAAAAGCAAGAAAAACAUUAUUUUACUGACCGAGUGAACAUUCUACUUCACAAGUGUCAAAAUCGAGGCCCGGGGGCCAGAUGUGGCCCGCCACUUUAUUUUACGUGGGAAUAAUGUGUGUCAAUAAUGUACUUCACCUUUUUCCAUCUAAAUGUACUUGUUGCUUGUUGAAAACCGCUGUUAAAUCUACUGCAUGGUUUGUAGGGGGGGUAUGCUGCCAUCUGCUGUACGACAGCGGAAAUGACAUCUUUUGAGCAGCUCUCUUAUCAUCUUCAUAAAAUAUUGAAUCAUUACACAAUUAACAACUUGGUGGUUAUUUUCUCAUUUGUCUUCCCGAUUUAAGUACAGAUUUUGAUUCGUUUGUUACGAGUUAAAGCCAGCAAACUGGGAGAACACCGGGAGAAAGUAUGGACUAUGCCAACAUUGGUAAGCUUUGAAUUGUCAUAUUUUACGGGUGUUUUUCAAUGUAAGA